AUGGACCUGCCGCCUGGCGCGCCAGCCAGGGUGCUGGAUGACUGCGGCAGUGGCAAAGCCCUUACAAGACCGUGGGUCCUUCCUCCUUUCAUGAGCAUUUGGGCUGGUCAAGCUCUCGUUGUGAUUCCGUCUGUCGUCACCGCGUCAUCAGAAAGUGCGAGUGGUGUAGCCCUUUUAGAACCCACGCUUUCAAGGAGUGCUACGGCACUGCCACCCUCCACUGCCCAGCAUGGCAUGCAGCUUGUCGACGCCGCCAACUUCUUCUUUCGCAGAACCUUCAGGCGACCGUUCCCCCAUCCUUUUGCUCUAGUUGAAGCGGUAUACGAGCAACUGUAUAACGCUCAACCACCAGAGCACUCUGACCACGCGAAUCUGAGUACGUGGUUAGUAGAACAAUUUGAGGCGAACGACGUGCGGAAAGCGGCGCAACACUACGAACCAGAUACUCCAUCAGUACCCAUUUACGGGCGUCCUGGCUCUGAGUGUGCACUCGUCACCAAUGAAAAUCGACGCAUGCCUCCGCCGUACACGCCUGAUGGAGUCCGAGUGAAUAACUUUGCUCGCCUUGAAGGUUUGCCGACCUCCGUCCAGUCGGUGGUCAUUUUAGGCCCCUCAGGCAGUGGCAAAACAUUUACCCGCGUCCACGCAGUCAACUACGCGGUCUGGCGGCACUACAAAUCUGUGCGAGCCUGCCUCGCAGUUGCACACGACACACGGGCAGUCACCACACAGCAGGAGAGCAUAUACACAUGUGAUCGAAUUGUGGCCCUAAACGCAUUGAUUCGCUGCUUCCUUCAUGGCCCCAUCCAGGGCAAUUCUUCUUCGACAAGAUGCUGUCUGGCUGUAGAACUGCGGCUGAGUUCAACUACACGGACGACGGAACCGGAGUUCCCUGACGGGUCACCAGGUGAAUUGGGGGACGUCCAGAUCCGCGUUUACCCAACACUCAUCGCACCCGGAAGUUUGGCGAAGCGAUCACCGGAGAAGUGUACAAGCUUUCACAUUUUCCAUCUGUUUUCUAAUCGGGAGGAGCUAACCACAAGCAAAGAUGACGAACACCUGAAAUCAACCACAGCGGUGCUUGCGGAGGAGAUGGAAAGCGUGAACUGGUUACGGAGAGCGCUAUGGGAAGUCAUUGCGGAGUCGCUUCCGAAAAGCUCCACUGGUCAUCGAAAAGAGCAGCUAAACGUCGCUCAAACGCUUGGGGACAGUUUGCGUUCGGGCAAAGCCUCGAGUGGCCGUGCUUUUGUCCACUGGGCUCUGAUGACUCUCGGGUUGCCUCAGGAAGAAAUUGACGCGGUGUUUAGACUUCUACAGGCCAUCCAGGUACUCGGGGCUCUAAACUUCCGGGACGCGAUGGAUCCAAACCCAGCUCUGAGCGGGAAAGGUGAUAGUUGCCACGAGACCAGGAAGCAGCAUCAGCACCAGGCGGAGGCCGACAGGCCGUGCGGAGUUUCCUCAGUCCAAGUUCUGCAAGACGCCGCGGCACUCCUGGGUGUGUCGCCUCCUGUUCUGGAAGGCAACCUGACUUCUGUUCCUUUCCUCAGCCUGUGGCGCCCUCUUCAGGCGUUUGAAGCGCGUCAGCACCUAGAGGCUUUGCGAGUGUCGCUAUACAGCUCCCUCGUGAGUUUCCUUUUCCAAGAGUUGAAUUUGCGUGGGUCACUGACUCCUCCUCGCUUGCGUGGCGGUAGCCUUGAGGAUUCGUUACUUAGGCUAGAGACGUCCCCUUCUGUUCUGCGUAGUCAGCUUUACUCUACAGCGCUCCGCAGUGGUCCCCCGCCACCUGACGGAAAACAUGCAUUCACGCAUGAUCACCUCGGCCGGAGCGACCCACCCCGCACAGAACAAUGUUGCAAAAGCAUUGUCUUUAUUGAGGCAUUCGGCCACACGCUGGGGAGCGCACAGCAAGACGGCGGUCUCGAACAACUCUGUACGAACUACGCGGCAGACAAAAUGCAACAACUAAUGGAAGAAAUUUUGCUGCACCGCCACAUACGCGCACUUCAAAGUGAGGGUCUCUUCGUCCCGCCUCAUCUGCUCUAUCAAAAUAAUCUCCACACGCCGUUCUUCCCACAGAUCUGGAAGGGCGAUCAAACACCCGUGAAGGAACGCCCUGGCUCCGAGAGCGGCCACUGCUCUGCAGCAUGUGGGAAGAAGUUGCCAAAUGAGACAAUAUAUCUAGUAAACGCCAUAUCAUUCGUGGAAGGGACUCAACGCAGACCCGUGAACGCAGCCCCUCGACGAACAGCAGCAACAGACGUCAACGGUAAUACGCUUUCAGAAGGCCAUCGAGCAACCACGGAUCAUGUUAUUCGCGAGCGAGCUGAUAACGAAAACUUAAGUGCAUCAGAGUUCAAAGUGGGGCGUCGGGCCUGCUCUGUAGGCUCGAUGGAACCUGCUCGAAACCAUCUCCCAGGCCUAGGGAAAGGAAGUCCAGUGCCGAGUUGUCAGCACCUUCCCGCACCCGAUCUCUCCGCCAUCACAGCUGGUUUCUGUGCUCCGCUUCCGGGAUUAAUCGCCGUCAUGCAUGAUGUUGCACUUGCUCCGAUACAGCAGGAACAGCGGCGAAAUAGGAUGUUGGUUGAGCGGCUAAGGGUACUACACACUCUGCACCUACACGCGCAGAAACUCAUACACGGCGUACUCAGACCUACGUCGCUUCCUUGUCAGUCCGCUGGCAUGACAAAGACCCAGCGGAGAGCGUUUAUGUCACAUCCGCAUCGAGGGAGGGCAAUACCUCGCGAUUCAACAGCGGUGACGUGGGUGGGAGGGGACAACAGACAGAGCACUCACAAACCAGCUGAUAGAAUCGGAAGCAAAGUGUCCUCUGGUGGCGGCAACAACUGUCAUUUCGUGGCCAACUCUUCUUUCAUCCCUAAAUACACCGCUUCACUUUGCAGUCCAUCGGCUGCCAGGCACGCUCAUGCCACAAUGGAAUAUCAGGCAUCUGGGCUACAGUUCAUCAUUCAGCAUGCUGGUGGACAGGCUGUAGCAUACAACGCCAAGGGAUUUUCCUGCCUCACGAACAAGCAUAGACUUCGCGCGUCGCGGACACUGAAAAACCUGCUUGUACAUGCGCCGCCCAUCUUACGGCGGCUCUUGCUAGCAGAGGGCCCUCUUUCACGGACUGCGUCAAGUGGAGAGACACGCGUAACAGCAAUCUCGAGUGGGGAGAUUUCGGCAUUUUCAAUCGGCCAGACAGCCAGACGAGAAGCGCCGUAUUCCAAGUGCGGAGAGAGAAGCUCCCAGAGUGUACUAGGAACAGAGUCUUCCACCGAUGCAUGUCGACGCGUGAUUGGCAGCGCCCUACGGUCGAAGCACGAUAUUCUCAGUAUGAGUCCCUGCUGUAGGACGGCAGCAGCUGUCGAGGGAUGUCUGACCCAGUUGAACGUGUGCAUGUGGCCUACAGCCCAGGGAGUGGUUGCAGCAGCUUCCAGCUUGGCAUCUUUCGUAGCCUCCUGUACACGCCAGCCGGCUUUCAUCAGUUGCCUUCCCCAUCCUGGUCUACCAUCGCGCGGGAAAGAUAUAUAUCCCGACUGGGCCGUGCUCCUCUUCGACUAUCUUCGCAGCGAACAACCCGCCGUGCUCCUGCACGCGGAGCUCGAAGCGAGGCGUUUGCCUGUCUGCGUGCCCCUCGGCGCCUUCUGGCCGGCCUGUGCAUCAAUCUUUCGGUCCGCAGCUGACUCCGCCGUCCAGGAUACUUCUCCGUCUUCUCCAGAAGCUAUCAAGGUGUGCUACGCACAAACGAAACAUUCGAUCUUAUCUGCGCUCCCUCCUUCUGCCUCGGUUCUGGCGCUUCUGUACUGGGCGGAAAUGGUCAGACGGCUAGCCAUAAGAUAUGAGCAUCCACGCCAGGGUCAAAAUUCAUGUGGACCGGUUGAUAACGUUAUGGACAAUUUUACCCCGACAAUUUCCACAGCAGCUCUCCGUUAUCUCUUCGUUGUCGGGAAGCAUUCUGUCUUUUUCAAGGACGAAGCCAGACCACUGCUUGCUCUGCUGCGACAGCAACUGAAAGCUCGCGCUCGGCUUGGUACGGUCAGAUCACAAUCAGCGGAGCAAUCACAAGCAACAGCAGCUGGAGCACAGUUCACUGAUGUGUUUUUAGAGGAAGCCUAUCUUGAGGCUAUUCCGGCAGCUAUCAAGCAUGCUUUGACCUGGGUCAAACUGAGGCGUUGCUGCUUGACCGUUCUCGCUGUGGCGAAGCUCCGGAAUGAAUCUAAGCGACGGUCAGCAGCAGUCACCAUCGUGCAGCGCUGGUGGCGGUGCCGUCGCCUAAUUCAUCGACAACAACGGGACGAGGAAGCGUGUAAGAGUGCCGCCGACGUCCCAUCGCAAAUGAGAGAGGCGAAAGGCCGGGCUCAUGGGAGUGGUGUGUCUCUCCUCCAGUCGCUCAAUGUUGAGCGUGUCAAGGAAACCCGAGCAAAGUGGGAGGAGCGAGUGGCUCGUCAGAACCUCACAGAAAGCAAAAUGCUAGUUCUCAAACCCAUCCACAGUGAACCUCCCCAGGCACGAUGUUCCAGCAUUGAUAAUGCCGACGAGCUGCCCUCGUACAUGCAGACAACGAGUGAGCCUGUGCCACGCGAGAGCUCUACAACAGACGGGGUCAUACAAAACGUUACUGUGGAUUUCAAAGGACACGCAGUCUGGGAAACGACUUAUAAGGCACCAGGGUCUGGCGUACCGUACAGGAGGGCGCCAGAGCAGGCGCGCAUGACGAGCGAGUGGGACAACUUCUCUUCUACAGACGAGGAAAGCGAUGUAGAUGAAGAAAAAGAUGCAGAUAUAGGGAUCAGGCUUGAGCCACGUUGCGCUUCUUCAGAUGUGGCUGAUAAUACGCUACGGACUAUCACAAACCGAACCUCUCGCUCGACGUCCAGUCCUCUGAAGCUUUCGUCGCUAGAGAGCGCAGCUGACACAUCAGCGACGGUAUGCACCUCGAGGGGCAGGCGCUCGACGACCACUUCCUCCCGUGCGGGCGCACCAGCUUCUACAGGAGACUCUUCCAGCGGGGAUCUCUCGCCGCACAAACCACAUUACGAGUUGUCGGCGGGCGAAGACGGAAAUAGACGUGACUGCAUCGGCAACGAGACACAGACGAUUACGGCGGCAGAGGAGAAUGAAGACGAUCCUAGGCAACGUCGUAAGAGGCGCAGUCGUAAAAAACGACGUCGACGCAGAAGGCGCCACCGGCAAGGGGCUCUGAAUUAUCAGGCAUGCAGUUCGAGGUUGCAACCCGCUUCCUCCUGGCCGUUUCGUGUCUUGUAUUCUUUCCCUCCUCCCCCUCCUCCGUGUCCCCCUCCACCUCCCCCUCCACCACUGCCCCCGCCUCCUCCUCCUCAUGCGACCGCUAGUGUUGCACUGCAUGAAUUCGGAAUUUUUCCACAAUCUGCAAACAUGGGCAGACCGGCAUCCGCCAGCUAUAUAUUUUCCCCCCCGGAGACGUUGUCACUCUGCUAUUGCACAGUGCAAGACAAUCCAUUCCAUGCUGGAGAAGAAGGUGUGUUUUCCGAAUUCACAGAGGCUCCCGCAUUGACGCACUCAUCAGAUGGGCUGCUACACGAUAGCUGUUACGUCUCGUUAGCGUGUCUGCAAGCUUCGCACAGGUGGAGAGAGGGUUACUGCGGGUACGGCGCAGAGGAAGGCUCUGCGUCCUCCCAAUCCGCGCGCAGUAACGACGACCACCACACACCGAAUCAGACAUGGAGGCGAGUGACCCACGCAGAUGGAGGCAAUAGAAGGACGCCUGGGCCUUCUGAGAAUUCGGAUAUCGAAUGGAAUUUGCCGCCUCUCCCUUGUCCUCCUCACGGCACACACGAGUUCGGCUUGGAACCCAACGCUGCACCGAAUGCAGCUGAAAUAGCCGGCCCGUUCGUACAGACAGGCUGCCUCUCUGAGGGGAUACUAGGAUGCUGGCCCGGUCUCUUGGCAGACGCUGCUCUGCACGACUGGCGUAGUUACGACGGCUCCGACAGGUACCUGGGCACCUACACAAACUUGCCUUGGACUGCGGACGCGGCCUCCCUGUACGGCUGGUGCGGCAACACAAUUGAUGCAGCCGUAGCCGCUGCAGCUGCUGUGGGUCUUCUUCCAGCACCCGGUAUACUGACUCUGCCCACUUUAUCAGACCCCAGUCACUCGGAUUCGGCAGUGGCCCUUGAGGCGGCGCUCGGGGCAUACAAUCUCAGUGCACUCAAAUGCACUCCAGGAGCUGCGGAAGGCGAUCACGAUAGUGGUAGCGGUUAUGAACAGGCUGGAGACUCGAGCGGCGGCCCCCCCAUGAGAACGUCUGAGGGCGAGUCGGAGUCUGAUCCUCUGUUGCCGAAUCCGUGGAAGCAAAUAGCGUCUCGCCCCGCACGCCAAGGAGAAACUGCAACGCAUCCACUUCGUACCGCCGGCAAGGGCCUGGAGCAUUCCCAGGGCGUGGAACGAAACAGCCAAUGCGAGUCUCGUUCCCCGCCUGCCCAGGUUGGAAAUGACGGGAGCGUGAACGGUAAAGCCAUCCGAAGCGCUGGUACGCCGUUGCGUGGGCCGACGGGAGCUGGCGACGGAUCUACAGCUGGUGGAGGAGCUCAAAAAGGGUGGGUGCCAACUCGCUGUGAUCAGCAGGGGGUGCUUUUAACUGAUGCAUAG